AUGUCACAUUCCAGUUUAAGUGAGGGGUCUGCUAGUCCAGGUGAGGGGUCUGCUAGUCCAGGUGAGGGGUCUGCUAGUCCAGGUGAGGGAUCUGCUAGUCCAGGUGAGGGAUCUGCUAGUCCAGGUGAGGGAUCUGCUAGUCCAGGUGAGGGGUUUGCUAGUCCAGGUGAGGGGUCUGCUAGUCCAGGUGAGGGAUCUGCUAGUCCAGGUGAGGGAUCUGCUAGUCCAGGUGAGGGAUCUGCUAGUCCAGGUGAGGGAUCUGCUAGUCCAGGUGAGGGAUCUGCUAGUCCAGGUGAGGGAUCUGCUAGUCCAGGUGAGGGGUUUGCUAGUCCAGGUGAGGGGUCUGCUAGUCCAGGUGAGGGAUCUGCUAGUCCAGGUGAGGGAUCUGCUAGUCCAGGUGAGGGAUCUGCUAGUCCAGGUGAGGGAUCUGCUAGUCCAGGUGAGGGAUCUGCUAGUCCAGGUGAGGGAUCUGUUAGUCCAGGUGAGGGGUCUGCUAGUCCAGGUGAGGGGUCUGCUAGUCCAGGUGAGGGGUCUGCUAGUCCAGGUGAGGGGUCUGCUAGUCCAGCCUUCAGGAAACUCAACAAGGAGGCACUCAGAGCACGUUUACAUCACCUACGUGAGACCAGUCCUAUGAUAUGCAGCCCCAUCAUAAAGUUUAAACCUCGAAAUGCACAUAAGGGAACUGGAAGAGGAGUAGCCAACAAGAUGAGCGCCUCUGCCGGACGUUCCCGUGGAGACAGAGAGUACCAAGGAGACCAGGAGCUGAGAUCCUCUCCCGGCGGCGACACCUGCAGGGGCGUCUCUGCUAGAUACACCCUUGAGGAAGUGGUCGUGACGUGUGGUCAAGAAGAGCCCGUCCUCGACUUCGAGAACCCAGAGUCCCCAGCCCAGGACAAGAACAAGUCAUGCCAGGUGACCCUCGAGUGUGGUGUUCCAAGGUGUCAAGUUAGCACCACUAACACGGCGCUGCAGGCGCUGAUGAUUGCUCACAUCUAA